AUAAGCAAAAAGAGGAAGAAGAAAAAAAAACGUCAACAGUGUUUAUGGGUGUCCUCGUGCCUCCCUUGUAGCAUGAUCCUUGUAAGUUAGUUUCUACUGUCUGAUGUGAAAACUCUUAGAUGUGACCACAUCUUCCGGAGACAACAUGACAUCACUGAGGAGGCUCCAUUCAUGGCUCCCACUCCUGCAGAGACACUGCACACCCCUGUGUCAGAGAGCAGCACCAUCAGUCUGCAGACUCCUCCUCAAGCCUCACCGUGCAGCUGCAGUCAGCUCCUCUCAGCUGCACCGGGCGUUUGGUGUCUCUGCGUGGAGGUCAAAGGACAAGGAUGACGUUAGCAGCGGGCAGCACACAGGGUUCACCCAGGAGGAGGAAGAUGAAGAUGAAGAUUUCAUUGAUGACAGCGAGGUGGAGGAGCUGUUUCAGAGUCCCGUGGACAUCGGAGAGGGUCAGCACAGGGUGUUCCUCGUUCAACCUGAUGUGAAGUGGGGCAGCAGGAAGCAGCACCUGACCACAGCUGAGCUGAUGAUGGCCGAGGCUGAGGGGCUCGUUAACACUUUGGAUAACUGGAGGGUGGUGGACAAGAUCAUCCUUUCCACCAAAACACCAGAGAAGAAGAGGAUAUUUGGCAAAGGCAACUUCCAGUCUCUGACAGAGAGAAUCAGGAAGACAGCAGGAAUCACUGCAGUGUUUGUGAACGUGGAGCGUCUGUCUCCUUUGUCUGAGAAGGAACUGGAGGAGGCGUGGGGGGUUAAAGUCUUUGACAGAUACUCAGUGGUUCUCCACAUCUUCCGCUGCAACGCCAGGACUAAAGAGGCCAAGUUGCAGAUCUCUCUGGCAGAGAUCCCCUUGUUAAGAUCUCGCCUGAAACAUGAAAUCACAAACUUGGAUCAGCAGGGCGGAGGAUCGAGAUACAUCGGAGGUUCAGGUGAGACACUGCUGGAGGUCCAGCAGAGGCUGCUGAAGGAGCGGGAGAUGAAGAUCCGCUCAGCGCUGGAGAAACUGCGGAGAAAGAGGCACCUGCUGCGAUCUCAGCGCAAACACAAGGAGUUCCCCAUCGUCUCUGUGUUAGGAUACACCAACUGUGGAAAGACGACCCUGAUCAAAGCACUGACUGGUGACAGCGGUCUUCAACCCAGAAACCAGCUGUUUGCCACACUGGAUGUCACCGUCCAUGCAGGCCAGCUGCCCAGUCACAUGACCGUUCUGUACGUGGACACCAUCGGCUUCCUGUCGCAGCUGCCCCACCAGCUCAUUGACUCCUUCUCUGCCACGCUGGAGGAUAUUAAACACUCAGAUCUGUUGGUUCACGUCAGAGACAUCAGUCACCCAGAGACGGUGAAUCAGAAGGUGAACGUACUGAAUGUGCUGAAGAACCUGCAAAUCCCAGACAGGCUGAUGAACUCCAUGAUAGAAGUCCACAAUAAAAUCGACCUUGUUGACAAUUAUCAUUUAACUGAGCUCAACGCACUGCCCAUAUCUGCCCUGGAAGAGCAAGGCCUGGAUGAGCUGAGGAAAGCCGUGGAAGAGGAGAUUGUAAACUCUACAGGAAAACACAUUUUAGAUCUCAUCGUUGACCUCAGCUCUCCUCAGCUAAGCUGGCUGUACAAGGAAGCCACCGUUCAAGACGUGCAGGUGAAUGCAGAUGAAGGCUCAGCUGUUGUCAAGGUCAUCAUCAGCACCGCUGCGUAUGGACGCUACAACAAGCUGUUCACAGGCAGAUAGCAGAGCAGAGAGGAGGUUGAUCUGU